ACUUCAAGCCCUGCCUUGGCCUGUUGUGACAAAGCGUGCCGAUUUAACCUCCAUUUAAAAUUACCAAGGAACCCAGAAGGGAAAUAAACGAGGUUUACACGUGGCAAUUGGUCCUUUGCAGGUGCUGAAUUUUCCCAAAACGUCCAAGCAAAGCUCCAUUUUUCUCUUUCUUUCGUCAUCAUCUUCUUCCUUUCGUUGAAGCCGAAAAGCUUUGGUUUUUGAUAAAGAAAAGAAAUAAAAGUUAUCAACGGAUAAGGGCCUUUGUUUAAGGAUUUAUUCAUUUGAUUUAAUUGACUGGGUUGGGGCGAUGGAGGGAGCGAGCAACGGAGGGAUGUUGUACCACGAGGUACAAGAGUCUAAGCUAUGUGCUGUCCAUUGCGUCAACACGGUGUUGCAAGGACCUUUCUUCUCCGAAUUCGAUUUAGCGGCUUUGGCCUCAGAUCUCGACACCAAGGAGCGCCAGAUGAUGCUCGAAGGCACCGCCACCGCCUCCUCCGCUGGCGAUUUCCUCUCCGAGGAAUCCCACAAUGUCUCCCUCGGCGGCGACUUUAGUAUCCAGGUUUUGCAAAAGGCUUUAGAAGUCUGGGAUUUGCAGGUUAUUCCCUUUGACUGCCCAGUUGCUGAGCCUGCCCAAAUUGACCCUGAGCUGGAAAAUGCAUUCAUUUGUCAUCUGCAUGACCAUUGGUUUUGUAUCAGGAAGGUUAAUGGAGAAUGGUAUAAUUUCGACAGUCUUUAUGCAGCCCCACAGCACUUGUCAAAGUUUUAUCUCUCAGCCUAUCUGGACUCAUUAAAAAGGUCUGGCUGGAGCAUUUUCCUGGUGAGGGGAAACUUUCCAAAAGAGUGCCCCAUUGCUUCCUCUGAAGCUUCUAAUGGUUAUGGGCAGUGGCUAUCUCCUGAGGAUGCUGAGAGGAUAACUAAAUCGUGUAACUUAACACAGGCUCUUCCUCAGAGAAACAAUAUGGCUCAACAGCAUCCUGAGCGGUUCCUUUCAUUAGAGACAGAUAUGCAAAUGCUUUCAGAUAUGGAAGAUGACGACUUGAAGGCUGCAAUCGCUGCCAGUCUGAUGGAUUCAUCCCCAGCCACAGCCACUGCUGAAGCUAACACUCCUAAAACUGAAAAUAAAGAUAGCCAGGAAAAAACUGCAUGACAGAAAAUUUCUUUUUGAUAUAUAUUUACUGGGCAAGUGACAUUGAUUCAUGUCAGGUUUUAGAUGGUUUGAACAAACAUCUUCGGCACGAGGUUGCUGCAUUGUGCAGUACAUACAUUCAUUACAUAUAUUUAAGAUUGUAAAA